AUGCAUUCUAUCAAGGCAACUGCCGCUCUGGCCAUCGCCCUGGCGUCUUUCGCCAACGCAGCUCCUAUUAGUCCAGUCCCAGGGUUGACGGAGCUCUCCGCCUGGGAAACUAUUUUUUCUGACCCAAACGUUAACCCGGAAGACUAUGGACUUUCUCAGGCUGAGCAGCGCGAGAGAUAUAGGGAGGAUUGCCACAAAGUUUGCGGAACGGUUAUUCAGCUUAUCGCCAAGGACGGCUGCGACUCUGAUUGGAAAGGAUACGAGAAAAGUUGCGAAACUUGCUUUUAUAAUCGCUUCAUUGAUGGCUCGGAAUUCAGGGAGAAGUGGGGAAAUGGCGUGAAGAAAGCUCUCGGCAUGUGCGGUGUCGAAGUCCCAGAAGAGAUCCCCAAAGAAAAAGACGCCGACGGAUGCCUUGUUGAAAAGCCAAGUCCUGCAAAGCCAGAUGCUGAGAAGACAGCCACCGAGACGCCAAGUGCUGAAAAGCCAGAUACUGAAAAGCCGAAUACUGAACAGCCAGAUACUGAAAAGCCGCAUGCUGGACAAUCAAACACCGAAUCGAAAGAGCCUGGAGUCGGACAGAGCACGAACCCUCAGAAAGAAAUCAGCAAGUAUGAUUGUCACGCUGCCUGCGGAGGCAUUAUUACCAUGGGCCGAGAGGGAAAAUGCAAAGAGCUCAAGGAGCAGUUUGUUCCCGUAUGCGAGAAAUGUGCUGUACAAGCGGGCAUCUGGGGAAUCUAUAGAUGCGGCGCGCGAGCAGGCGCAAAGAAAUGCGGCGUCCAAGUCAACCCUCAGUAG